AUGUCGGCCGCACGGGAUGAUGGGGCCAAUCGUGAAGCGGCCUUUACGAAAACUCGGAGACCGUACGGCAUUGCAUGUACAACAUGUCGCCGAGCGAAGAUGAAAUGUGUACAAUCAAGUCUAGAAAUAGGGCGCUGCGACCGCUGCGUCAGGUUAGGAAGGGAUUGUGUAUACGAGCCACAUCGCCGGGGUCUAUGGCGUCGAGAGCAGUUGGACGAAAGACUACGAGAUCACAACCAGGGCUCCAGCGAUGAUAAUACCUAUCCACCUCCUGGACAACUGUCAGAGACGAGGGACAGCACGGCGCCUCUUGCCAUGCCACUGCCAGGACAAGUCCCAAGAGGCGGUAACGGUAACGUAUUCUUGGGCGAGCAUGCCAUCGUGCCCAUGAGUCAAGCCUUGCCUUUUGAACCACAUCGGACUCAGUCAGAGAUGAAAACGGCCUCGUUCGUAGCUCAAUCACUCAUCACACUUUCGGAGGAUACUCGAGGGCUUUCUCUCAACACAGCUCUUGAUCCCGAGAAACGGAUUCUGAACGCAGCCACAAAGAACGACAAAUCCUUAGACACUAACCCAACCGAAGGAACAUCGUGGGGUAGCGAUGACCCUAUUAACCUUCGACUUAUCAGUCGACCCUCGGCCGAAUAUCUUUUCGAAGGAUUCUUCAAACAUUUCAACCCUCUUGUUGGCCUUCUAGACCCUCAACUCUACACGUUCUCAUAUACACGUGAGACGUCUAGCUUGCUCCUUAGCACAAUCCUAGCCAUAUCGGCAAGAGUAUUCCAACCGGAAUCAUACGAAUCAAUCCAAAAACAUUCAGGGACACUCCUGGCUCAAGCGUUGCUUGCAUGCGACGCCACUGUCGAGAAUAUCUGGGCGAUUGUGUGUGUGUACCACUGGAAAGACGUGAAUGAUACCCGGGGCUACACCUUGCUGGGAUUCGCCACUCGAAUGGCAGCUUCUGCUAAGUGGAAUAAGUUCCAGGGAAGCAUGGUGCCUGAAAAUACGCCUUUGGUUACAGCACAGACAGAGGCGCAAAUUCGGCAACAGCGAGACAAGGAACGCGUUUGGCUGGCAUUGGGCAACCUAGAUCGGGCGUCGAGCCUCUUCACAGAUCGACCGGUUGCUCUCCAAAUGAUCAACAAAGAGAUAGGGGCUCGAAGUUGGUUAUCGCUUGAGAAAUGGACAUUCCCAUUGGGGGACGGAAAGGCUGUCGCAAUUUUCGAGUUGACGCAAAUCACCUGUCCAAUUCUUGAUGCCAUGGCGGAAUCUCGACAGAAAGCAGGCCCUUCUUCGACGCCUGUGAGCUUCGAAUCAUUUAGAAAGCAUCUGGAAACUUUGAACGUGGCACUGAUCGAAUGGACUCAACAUUGGUGCUCAAAGUUUCUGGAAUUUCCCCGUCCUGAACUCUUUCAGAUGCCCAUUCUCUACUUCUUGCGAGAUUACACGCAGCUGUACUUCAAUUCUGUUCUGUUGGAUCGGAUUUUAGUUACCAACGAGUCCAACAACACCUCUCUCGAUAGUGGAGUGGCAAGAACGAUCCAACUCUGCUUCUCAUGUGCCUUGGGGGUGCUGCGACAGUUGACCGAGAUGGGAAAACUGGAUAUUUUGUACUUUCUUUGGGACACUGCACAUCUAAUGACAGCCUAUUCGGCGAUGAUGGUCCUCAAGCUUUCCAGCCAGCCUGGUCAUCUAACACCUGGCUCGACGCACGAAGCGUUUGGAGUACUUACUGCAGUGAGCCGUCUAUAUUCAACCGCGGCUAGCUCUCUUCAUAUGGCAGACUCGCAUAACUCUCAAUCUCUGGACGGGAUGGCUUUGCCGGGAAGCCCAGUUGGUAUCCAGGCACGCCUUCUCGCUGCGAUUUUGGUGCGCCUGGAAUCUCUAUCUCAAAUUGCCGGUGACGGGAAGAAUGGCGAGCCAAUAAGUCACACCCUGCACCCGGGCAUACCAUCGAUACAGAGCAGAUAUCAGCCGGACCUUGCUUCCACGAGUGCCGAGGGCGAAGGUACAGCACAUGAUCUCUUCCACACAUCAACCGCCGAGUCAUUUCAAAACACCGAUGUCACGUCAACCCAAGGUGUUGACUUCAUGAUGGACAGCGAUUUCAUGAACUCUUCGUUUAUGCUUGCUGGAUUGCUGUCCUGGGACGAACCGGGCAUCUUCAUUGAACCUCAUUGA